UCCUCCUCCUCUUUCUGCUCUCCAAGCGCGUGGGGACCUCUAUAUACCACCACCUCCUCUUCUCCUCUUCUCUUCUCUUCAACCACUCCUCAUUCUCAGAUCCAAAUCUCUCAAUCUCUGCUGGUCUCUGUUGAGUUCUCAGUGUUCAUUUUCUAGUUUACAAUGCCUAGUCUCUUGUUAAGGGUCUCCCUCAUACUUCAUCUCAUUCAUACCAUGCUUAACUACCUUCCUGAUAAGCUUAGAUCUUUGCUGAAGAGUUUUUGGUUCAGUGCUAAGCAUGAAGAUGAGUGUAAAACAACAGUACAGAAGAACGGGAAGGCAGUGGACCAGUUUGAGCUUUCAAGAGUUUUUGAGAUGUUUGAUCAUGAUGGAGAUGGGAGGAUUAGUAGGAAGGAGUUGCAUGAGUCUCUUGACAACCUUGGGAUAUUUAUAUCGGAAGAGGACUUGUCGGUGAUGAUCGAAAAGAUCGAUGUGAAUGAAGAUGGGUGUGUUGAUAUGGAGGAGUUUGGGGAGCUUUACAAGAGUAUUGUUGGAGGAGGAGGGAGGGAGGAGGUGGAGGAGGAUGUGAAGGAGGCUUUUGAUGUGUUUGAUGUGAAUGGGGAUGGGUAUAUCAGUGUGGAGGAGCUUCGAUCGGUGUUGUCGUCGCUUGGGCUCCGGCAAGGAUGGACUAAGGAGGAUGUUAAGGGGAUGAUUGGGAAGGUGGAUGAGGAUGGAGAUGGGAGAGUGAGCUUUGAGGAGUUUAAGGUGAUGAUGAAGAGUGGGGGGUUUGUUGGUUCACUUUGAUGAUUUGGAGAUGAAGUAUGAAUUCAUGACUGCUUGAAAGGUUUGUAUAUAUUUUGCUUGAUGAGAGACUUCAUUUCUGUUAAUGAAGUGUAAGAAUUAUGUUACUUUAGUUCUUGGAUGUUCAGGAAUAUGAAUUUAAUUAAAGUUUGAUUAUUUCUUCUUUUUA